AUGGAUAGCCCUAGGAUGGAGAAGGAGAUUGAUGACCUAUUUCUUAACGAAGGUGGUGGGAAGGUUGAUCAAGAUAAAAUAAACAUGUUGGAGAGAUGCAUGGGCGAGAUCCCAAAGAUAUAUCCGAACCUUGAGCAAGUCCGAACGAAGUGCAAGGAGAUUGAUUUGAGUCUGUCUUUGUAUACGAUCAAACUGGAAUCGUUGGCAAAAGAGAUGAAAGAGAUAGAGAGGGAAAAUACAAAGCUUGAGAAUGAGAUUAGGUACCAGACCUCAAUAUAUGAACACUUGAAGGAAUUACUAAUCAAUGUGGAGAUUAAGGAAGAUCAUUUCAUAGCACUGGAGAGUGAGUCAUUUGACAGCAUUGAUGGGGUUUGUAGGAUUGAGAAGGCAUUAGAAGUGUUGGAUAGUUUCUGUGUCGACGAGUAUGACAUUAGGAUAGUCCGAGAAAAGAAAGAAAGGAUCAACGAUGCAUUAAGAGGGUUCUACAAGAGGUUUAUAACAUACCUAGGAGGGUUUAUGGUUGGGAGUGAAAGUAGUGGAGAGCUGAAGGUCCACAAAGGUUUGUAUGGGGCUAUCAAGAGGUUCAAGAAGAUAAUCCAGCAUUCAAAGAGGUAUAGGGAUUAUUAUAUUGUUAUAUGUUCCAUAUACAUGGCACGGUCGAAAAAGCUAUAUGAAAGGGAGUUUGGGUUCCAUCUGAAGACUGUUCUUCGACUGUUGAAGGAGGGUGUGACGCAAGACAAGGUGGACAGUAUAUUUGAAACUCUUUUUGAGUCGUAUCGAAGCAUAGUGAGGUGCGAAGAUAGAUUCCUCAAAAGCAUGGAGAUUGAAGGAACAUGUGCGGAGAUCUUCCGAAACACUGGCCUUUUGAUUACAGAGUUUGUUGAAGAUGUGUAUGAUAUCGCAGAUGCAGAAACAUUGAACGGAUUAGGAAAGAGUUGGAAGGAGAUUAGGCCGGAUGAGGAUGUAUAUGGUUCUUUUCAGAAUGAGCUUAGAAAUGUGUAUGAAAAAUUGGAGAGCGGAUAUCUAAAGAAGAAGAUGGGGAGGAAGGAGAAUGGAGUUGGAAAACUGGAGGAAGUUCUGAGGAAGUCGAGUAACGAGGAGGUGAAGAGGAAGGCUGUAGUUUUAGGUGUUCAAAGGGUUAUGGAAGAAGAAGACAGGGGGGAUCUAAAGAGAACCAUAGGAAGAUGGAGGUUAUUAAACCAUAUGAAGAAUGUGUGCAGUGAAAGGAUUUCUGAGGUCGAGGAUGCAGAAAGGAAGGUAGAAUCGGAGUUUGAAAAGAGCUGUAUUGACACAAUACUUGGGAAUGGAAAGGUAGUAGAGAAUGUGAGGGGUGUAUUACCUCUUAUUGGUGGAGAAAAAAGCUUCAGAGACAAAGUUAUCAAGAAGAUGAGGGAGAUGAUUUCAAACAAUGUAGAAGAAAAAGAGGUUGAGGAAGUAGACAAGCUAUUAAGAGAAGCAGUAUAA